AUGCUCCCCAAAGAAGAAGCCCAAUACCCAGGGAUUGUCAAGCUGCUCCUACAUUUUGGAUGGACGUUGAUUGGUCUCAUUGCUCCAGACACCGACAAUGGAGAGAGGUUCAUCAAGACCUUCACACCUGUGCUCAUUGGGAGUGGCAUUUGUGUUGUCAUCUCACAAAGGAUCCCACAACUUAAUAUAGAUGAAGUGAGGGUCAAACUUCCUCAAUUCAAAAAAUGGAAACAAGUCCAUGUAUUUGUUUACUUUGUGGAGGCAAAAUUUCUCUUUGUGGGAAUAUUAAUUAUCGAAGAAAUAUUCAAUAAUUUAAUAAAACCAACUGCAGGGAAAGUCUUGAUCACAACAGCUAUGUGGGACAUCUCCUUGGACUUAAUGUACAGUGACUUAUCUUUCCAACACAUCCAUGGUAUUUUUUCCUUCUUUGCUGAGACCAAUAGAAGGACAAACUAUGAUGAAUUUCUACCCCUUUUCUCCAUUAUCAAGCAGCUUGGGAAGAAAGCUUUUAUUUGUUCAUAUUCAAAGCAUACAUUGUCAGUGAAAGGCUGGACACGAUGCAGAGAGAGAGAGAAACUGGUGUUGCUGCCCCAAGAUGAUCUGGAAAGAAUCCUCUCUCUAGACAGCUACAUGAUUUACAACACUGUCCAAGCCAUGGCACGGGCCAUAGACGUCGCUUCUUCAGCUAGUUCUAAGCGGAGAGUAAUGGACAGGCUGGAAGUUCAAAGGCUGCAGCCAUGGCAGACCCUGCCUCCCUCCAGGUGUGUGGAAAGCUGUCAGCCCGGAUUCAUCAAGGUGGUUCAGGAAGGAAAGCCACUUUGCUGCUAUGACUGCGUUCCCUGCGCAGAAGGGACCAUCUCCAUUCAGAAAGAUGCAGAGCAUUGUGCCAUGUGUCCAGAAGAUCAGUAUCCAAACAAGGACCAAGAUCAAUGUGUCCCCAAGAUUAUCACCUUUCUGACCUAUGAAGAAACUUUGGGGAUCCUCCUGGCUUCCUUUGCCCUCUUUCUGUCCUUAACCACAGGAUUUGUUUUGGGAAUCUUCAUUAAAUUCUUACAAACUCCAAUAGUCAAAGCCAACAACCGGGUUCUCUCCUACAUCCUCCUUGUCUCCCUCCUGCUUUCCUUUUUGUCCUCCUUCCUCUUCAUUGGCCGACCAAGAAAAGCAACCUGCCUUCUCCGACAAGCAGGUUUCAGCAUCAUCUUCUCAGUUGCUGUCUCUUCUGUGUUGGCAAAAACCAUCACUGUGGUGUUGGCCUUCCUGGCUGCAAAACCAGGGAACAGGGUAAGGAGAUGGCUGGGGAAGAGUCUGGCCAAUUCCACUGUCAUGUCCUGUUCCAGUGUCCAAGUUAUCCUCUGUACCAUCUGGCUAUGUGUGUCACCCCCAUUCCCAGACUCCGACAUGUACUCCCAGCCUGGAGAGAUCAUCCUGCAAUGCAAUGAAGGGUCUAUUGCCAUGUUUUAUGCUGCCCUCAGCUACAUGGGCUUCCUGGCCGCCAUCUGCUUCACAGUGGCUUUCCUAGCAAGGAAGCUGCCUGGGGCCUUCAACGAAGCCAAGUUGAUCACCUUCAGCAUGCUGGUCUUCUGCAGUGUUUGGGUGUCCUUUGUACCCACCUACCUGAGCACAAAGGGGAAAUACAUGGUAGCUGUGCAGAUCUUCUCUAUCUUGGCCUCCAGUGCUGGGCUACUGGGCUGCAUCUUCAUUCCCAAGUGCUACAUUAUUGUACUGAGGCCUGAUCUAAAUACAAAGGAGCAUCUCAUGAUAAAAACAAAUGAAGGAAUCUGA